AGAAAACGCAGCUGCAGUCAACAGUUGCUCGCCUUUGGCUAGUGUGUGCUGUCGUGUAGAACAAUGUCUUCACUCUUUUAUUGGUAUUGUUUUGACUCUGCAGUUACUCGUCGAGUUUUGAAGUACAGAAGAACUAGGAGGUUAUGGAUUCAUCCCAUAAAUAGCGACAGACAUUUAGGAGAGUUUUUUUCUUUACAUGAAGAACUUAAAAACUAUCCUGAAAAAUUUUAUUCAUAUUACAGAAUGAAUCAUAAUACAUUUCAGUAUGUGCUGCAGAACAUUCAAGACAAAAUUUCGAAACAGAACACAAAUUUUCGCAGAAGUAUAACAGCAGAAGAAAAAUUGUGUAUAACGAUAAGGUAUCUGUCCACUGGCAUCUCCUUUCAUGCACUAGCAUCGUCAUUCCGAUUAGGAGUGUCCACCGUAUCAGUGUUGGUGAAAGACGUUUGUAUGGCCAUAUGGGAGUCACUUGCCCCCAUUCAUUUACCAACGCCAACUGUUUCUCGAUUUAAAGAAAUUGCCAGUGAAAUGCAUACGAGAUGGGGAUUUCCAAACUGUGUUGGAUGUAUAGACGGGAAGCACAUACGUGUCCAAUGUCCUAAACUUUCUGGCAGCAUGUUUUACAAUUACAAACAGUAUUAUUCGAUUGUACUCCAAGCAGUUGCUGAUGCAAAUUACAAAUUUAUAGCUGUGGAUGUUGGUGCCUACGGUAAACAGUCUGAUGCAGGCGUGUUUAAAGAAAGUAUGUUAUAUAAGAAACUUACAAAUGGGGAGCUGUUAUUACCGCCACCAACAAGACUUGAAGGAAUGUGUCAGGAACUACCGUACGUCAUUUUGGGAGAUGAAGCUUACCCCUUAUUAGAGAAUUUGAUGAGACCUUUUCCUCGCAGAAAUUUGGACAACGAGAAGAUUCUAUACAAUGAUAUGCAUUCCAGAGCAAGAAAAGUUGUUGAAUGUGCAUUUGGUAUAAUGACCAAUAAAUGGAGACUACUGAGGAAGGAAAUUGAAACAUCCGUUGACGUAGCUGAUCACAUAGUCAAGUGCAUUUGUCUACUUCAUAAUAUUGUCAUUGACAGAGAAGGAUGCAAUGUUGAAGCUGAAAAGUUUUGUAACAAUGCUGAUAUGCAGACAGCCGGCUCGCGCCUGCGGUCGGCUCGCGCCGGCAAUAUUAAACAUUCGGAAUGUCGUCGGCUCGGCUCCGGGAGGCUCACGCCGUGUCGGCGCGGCCCGGCCGCCAGUCUGAACACCGCAAUUCAAAACCAUGUGUCUGAUAGCAAAGCGGGCGGCGGCCCGGCCAGGCUCGGCUCGGCCCGGCCGGCAGUGUGA